UGGGCAGGCGCGCGUUACACCGCCGGCUCCAAGGCUCAGCCUCGGGUCAACCUUCGCGUUGACACUCAUCCUUCCGUACUGAUACCUCUUCCCCAUCCUCUUGAGUGUCACCUUCAAAACACCUCAACAACCAUCCCGAGUCCCAAUGUCUGGCGUUCCAGCCUCACGCCGCGCUUUCCUUACCUGAUCGGGCAGGCACGCCUUGCGCUACUACUCCUCCAAAAGCUCAGCCUUGCACAUAGACACCCCACUUUCCAGACUGACACCGCCUCUUCGCUCUUGGUCGGUUCCGCUAUUCACACAAUUUUGAUAAUCGAGCACUCAUCGCAAUGUCUGGCGUUGAAGCCGUCUUCGGUGUGGUCGCCGGAGGAGCGAGCUUUCUGUCGCUGGCGAUCCAGUUGGCUGAGACCGCAACGAAGCUGAAUAGACUCUACCAUUCAGCCAAAAACGCACCACAAACAGUCGCAAGAUUGGUGUUCAGUUUGGAGACGAUGGCCAUGGCUCUAAAAGAGCUGGAACAGCACCGGCAGCAUGACCGUCAUAGCGGAGCUCUGCUUGAGCGCUGCAUGAUGGAAUGCUAUCAGAGCACGGGUGACGUUCGGCGAGCAGUCGACAAAAUGGAGCUCCACAUGGCGAAAUACGGCAGAACGGUUGGCAAGAUAUAUUCCGUGUUCAAAGAGCAGGAAGUCAAGGAGUUACUCGAUGACCUGGAGAGGGCGAAGAGCUCGUUGGAACUUGCGUACAUGAUGUAUAUGGGUGCAGAACAGAGACGGCGAGAUCAAGUACAUGACAACUUGCUCGCUCGGCAAGGCACACUCCUGAGUGAGCUGGACGCUCAGGUCUCCGUUGCAAACACGAGGCUUUCCGAACAACUGGCCUUGCUCCGUGGACCACCAGGUUCAUCAAGCCAGCCGGCUUUGGCCAUACCGUAUACCACUCCAGCCACAUUAAGCAACUCGGCGGUGCUUUAUCAUGAGACCAGUAGCUCUCUUCCAACAAAGCCAGUCAAGCAGAAGAAAGACGGAAGGCAUCUCCGGUUUACUUUCCGACUCCCGACCUGGCUUUGCGCUCGCAUUUGGGACCUCGAAAUUACCAGUGCCCAAUGUCGGCGAAGUAUGCAUCUGCGUACAUAUAGCGUCAUCCAUAUGGGCUCACCAAUCUUUAAAUACUGUGCCUCUGGCGAUAUUGCGAGCAUGCAGAGGCUCUUUGAGAAUGGGCAAGCAACUCCGUUGGACGUUAAAUUUUACUCAGGGGACUAUAGCCUGACCUUGAUCGAACAAGCUGCGAGACAUGGACAAUUAGAAGUGUGCCAGUUUCUCCUGAGUCAGACCACCUGGCCAGAUCAGGCGGCGCUGUUGAGUUCUGCGUUGGGUUACUACGCGGCCAACCAUUCGCAUCUGGAUGGAGAAGAAACUUCUCAGAUGUAUCGCUUUUUCAUGGGAUCUCCUGAUUUCGAGGCCGACCUAGAUGAUGAAGAGGUCCGCUAUGGUUGGCUCGAUAUCUGUGCACACAAGCAAUGUCUGGAUUUGAUCCUUGAGACUCAGCUCCCAGGGUUCUUCAACCUCCCAACGGAGUCCAGAUUUGAAUUCGCCGUUCGAGUUGGAACCGGGUCUUGCAUGGACCCAUCUGGUUUUCUCCACUGCAUCCAGUUGCCACCUUCGGAUACAAAACUUGCUACUCUUAGAAGUCGAAACGGCAUAUCGGUGUUGCACUAUGUUGCUCAGCAGCUUUCGAACCUGAUGCACUGGCGCUCCCCUCAUCGGAACGAGCUGAAUUCAUGGUUUGAAAUUGGCGUUGCUGUCCUGAAGAAUGGUGUUAACCCUUGCUGCAUUGCACGAGAUCGAGGCCAGAGAUUCACACCCCUUCGAACGCAUUUAGACGCCAGAAAUGGGACCGUAGCCGGCAAUAUAAGAGAAUUCGAAAGGAAAUUGAAGGCCUUACUCGUUUGGGCUAGCAUGUUACAGGAAGCAGGGCUGAGUCUCUGUGAGUACGGGGCUAGGGAGAGUCGGGCUUGGGAAUCCCUGGGCAUUCAAAAAGGUUACGAUCCCUCCGCAAUUCCCUACAACGGGGCGAUACUGGGGCAACUAGUAUACGGUCCGGAACCAUCAGACUGGAGUCUGACAUUCCGUAACCAUAUCCAUGUCCCGGUGUACAAGUUGCACCCAUUGCCCGGAGCCUUUACAAAAGAGAGCCACGUUCCCAAGACAAUAACAUGGCCUCCGACUGAGGAUGAGAAUGACGAAGGUCCUUGGGAAUUGGUCGGGUCCAAGGAUAUACUCACGGAGCCUAUUGAUAUCAGAGACGCCUUAAACCACGAAAGGGAACCCUUCCUGGACCUCGUCGACAGCACGCAAGAUGAUACGAGCAUUAUCACGCUGAUGCAGUAUCGAGCGGCUCGUACACGAAACACUGCGUCAAGAUCACACAGUCAGCCUCCUCCCACGCGACGUAGAGAAGUGGCGCACUACGGGGCGCAGGAGUCGUCCAUACACCACUGGUUGGGGUGCUACCACCUAUGUCUGUUCAACUUUCGGUGGCAGUUUGGCUGUGGUGGGGCAGUGGCCCGCGAGUACGGCGACGCUGAAUGGGCGUCGUUACGCGACGGCGUCAGAAGACUUAUCGUCUGCCUGAGGAUUUGUUUUAAUGGUACAUCAAACAGACAUGGCUCUGUUCAGGAGUCGGAUGUUUGGGAGUGGCAGAGUUUCCUUUCCGACAUCCGCCACUGUCAAGACAACGAGGGCACUAGUUGGUUCAAAGAUGAAAUGAUCGGGCACACGGGCACUCAAGACUGCCCUUGGAAUUGUGCGAAGGUCCACUUGGACCAGCUCCGGGUACCAGAACCAUUGCGGCGCACACAUCCUAGGCGGCGCUACGGAAACGUCUCAGAGACAGGAUAGUACAUAGCGUAAAUAUACCGUUCUUCCGCAUCCGAUGGCACACCCCGUCGUUAGGCAUUGCGAGUUGAAGCUCAGUAGGCGGUAUAAUCCACCCGCAGAUGGCCGCUUUGUAUGUCUUCCACAACCUGGCUGUUCUGUCGAAUGUGGGAAGAUGUAGUACCCAGCUUGGUGUCCGAGGUUCAUUCAAUUUGGAAAUGAUUUCUCUACCUUAGUAGCUAGGAUGCAUACGGCUAGCCGGAUGAGGUCAGCGUUAAGAAGAUUUUCGAU